GGGAGUCUCGAACGGUGCGUCGGUCAGUUCGAAUCCAGCUUUUCGCGACGAACAAACUAAUUCGAGAUAGAUUGAUAUCGGUCAUAAUCUUGUACAAUAAUCCGAAUAAAGAGAAAUAUUUGUAUUUGUUUUACAUUAAUAAUAGAUUUAGAACAAACGAUGACGACGUGUGAGCAAUUACGUGGUACAAGGAAGACAUGUAGGUGAGAAUAUUCGUGAUAAGAGAAAUCGUAGAAAACCGAAGGAAGGAAGAAAAAAAAAAAAAGGAAAGAAAAUACCUGAUAUAAAAGUAAAACCGGUAAAAGUGGUAAUAGCGGUGGAAAGAAGAAAAAAAAAGAAAGAGGAAAAAAAAAGGAACAAGAAAAAAGAAGAAAAAGGAAAGCAGACAUUACGGUUUCGAAAGUGUCAACUAUUGUGGAAAACAACGAUCGAUCAUUCAUCUUUCUCUUAUUCUUUUAUUAUUCGUCAUCUUUUUGCAAAGAAAUCAACACGAAAACUCAAGAUGUGGCACAAUCUAACGUGCGUCGACGAUUUUCUAAACCGUGCCUUUCACAAGGUCGGCCUUGUGGUCGGCCGUCAUCCUGGUUAUUUUGUCAUCGUACCAACCCUCUUGGCCUGCAUUUGCUUCACCGGAUAUCAAAGGAUACACUACGAGAUCGAUCCAGAAUAUCUCUUCUCACCGGUUGACGGUCCUGGAAAGACCGAGCGAGCUAUAGUCGAGCAAUAUUUCAAAGUCAACUAUAGUCAUCAGUUUAACGUCGGCCGUAUCACCAGGCCAGGUCGAUUUGGCCAUGUAAUAAUUAUUCCGAAAGACGGCGAUCCAAAUAUGCUGCGAAGCGUAAUUUGGAAUGAAUUGCGAGAGUUGGAUCGAAUAAUACGAGAAGUUAAAAUAAAAUAUGAAGACGAAAUAUUCACUUAUGAAGAGAUAUGUGCACGUUGGCUCGACGAAUGUUUCAACAACGACAUUCUUAAUCUUCAUCACGUAAUAGAGGAGGUAGAAAAUAGGGAGCUCAAUCUAACGUUUCCGGUGAUGUUUAAUCCUGUGACAUGGGACGCCCAUCUAUUCCCGGUUUUCUUCGGCGGUAGUGUCAUCAGUGAGGAUCUAACGAUCGAGUCGGUGCCGUCGGUCCAGCUCGCCUACUUCAUCACCGUCGACAACCCACGGCAAGAUGCUAUUGGCGCCGCCUGGGAGGAAGCCUUUCUAAACAUAGUCGGCGAGGCUGAGGAUAGCGGUAUUUUCAAGCACAUAAGCACAGCGCGAUUUGCCUCGAGGACAUUGGAAUUAGAGUUGGAAGCAAAUACGAAAACAAUUGUUCCGUAUUUCUCAAGCACGUUCGCAGUAAUGGGUAUCUUUUCUGUGGUGACCUGCAUGAUGACCGACUGGGUACGAAGUAAACCCUGGCUUGGCCUUCUUGGGAACGUGUCCGCCGGUAUGGCGACCGUUGCCGCUUUUGGACUAUGCAUGUAUCUAGGAGUCGAUUUCAUCGGUCUCAAUCUCGCUGCACCAUUUUUGAUGAUCGGUAUUGGAAUUGAUGAUACAUUCGUAAUGUUGGCCGCCUGGAGACGAACGUGUAUUACCAAACCCGUACCUGAGAGAAUGGCCCAAACCUUAAGCGAGGCUGCUGUGUCGAUCACGAUCACAUCUUUGACUGACAUGAUAUCGUUCUUCAUUGGCAUACUAUCGCCAUUUCCCUCGGUACAAAUAUUCUGCAUUUACUCAGGUUUCGCCGUAGUAUUUACCUUCCUCUUUCAUUUAACCUUCUUCUCUGGAUGCGUUGCCAUAAGCGGUUAUUGCGAGCAAAAGAAUCUUCACAGCGUCGUAUGUUGCAAAGUUCAGCCUCUUUCAAAAUCAUCUCAUCGAUCUUGGCUUUAUCGAUUGUUCUGUACCGGAGGAGUCGAUCCAGAUGAUCCAAAGAAUCCAAUUGACAAUCCUGAACACGGAUGCAUGACCUGGUUCCGAGAUUAUCUGGCUGCAGCUUUGAAUUGUCGUCCUGUCAAGGCCAUUAUCAUAUUCAUUUUCAUAUGUUAUUUACUUGGUGCUUUAUACGGACUGACUACGCUACAGGAAGGAUUGGAUAGACGAAAGCUUUCCAAGGAAGAUUCUUACUCGAUUGCCUUCUACGAUCGCGAAGACUUUUACUUCCGUGAAUUUCCUUAUAGAAUACAGGUGGUAGUGUCCGGCGAGUAUGACUAUAGCGAUCCAGAGAUACAGCAACAAAUGGAGAACCUCACGAGAUCCCUCGAGGCUAGUUCAUACAUAAGCGCACCGAUCUACACGGAAAGCUGGUUGCGCAGCUUCCUAAGUUACGUAUCGCGAAACGAAGACUACCUAAAUGUUACCAUCAAAGACGAGGGUAACUUUGUCAAGGCGUUAAAAGAGAUAUGGUUAUAUUCGACUAGUACCUUUUCCCUCGAUGUUAAAUUUGACGAUAACGACGAGCACAUUGUCGCAAGUAGAUUUUUGAUACAAGCUGUGAACGUAAGCGGUACGAAUCAGGAGAAAGAGAUGGUAAAGGAAUUACGAAAGAUAUGCAAGGAUUCAUCAUUAAACGCUAGCGUAUUCCAUCCGUAUUUCGUAUUUUUCGAUCAAUUCGAAUUGGUAAGGCCUACGAGUAUACAAUGCAUGAUAUUUGGCGCAUUGGUAAUGAUGCUUAUCAGUUUUAUCUUCAUACCAAAUGUAUUGUGUUGCCUUUGGGUGGCAUUUUGUAUCGUCUCGAUCGAAUUGGGGGUCGCCGGUUACAUGGCCCUAUGGAACGUUAAUCUCGAUAGCAUUUCUAUGAUAAAUCUGAUAAUGUGCAUUGGAUUCAGCGUUGAUUUCACGGCUCACAUAUGUUACGCUUAUAUGAGCUCGAAGAAAGUCACGCCCGAGGAUAGGGUUAAAGAAAGUUUGUACAGUUUGGGUUUACCGAUUGUACAAGGUGCCGCAUCAACUAUAUUAGGCUUGGUUGCAUUAUUAUUAGCCGGUACAUAUAUAUUCUUGGUAUUCUUCAAAAUGGUAUUUUUGGUUAUAUUCAUUGGUGCCAUGCACGGUCUGUUUUUAUUGCCAGUAUUAUUGUCGAUAUUUGGUCCAGGUUCCUGUACAAGUUCCAAUAGUAAUGACGAUCAAGAAAACGACGUUGAAAGGGUAAAGAGAAAUGUUAUAAUGGAGAAAGAAUUGAUCGAUAAACUUAAACAACCUUUCGUUAUACCUCAUCCGACUUUGUCCUACUAUCAUCACACAGGCAUGAUAAAAUCUCUUCAACCGAGUCCGUCCACAAGUUUGGCGGCAUUCGAGGAACGCGAUCCUGGAUUAGGUACUAGCGAGGAUAGCAAUUCAACUGAGAGUGGUUCCUCGCAAAGUAGAAGACGUCAGCGUGAAUUGGACGAGGAAAAGCGGAAACAUCAACAAGAGCUUUCUAGAAGAUCUAUUGGCGUACUUUACGGUGUAUCACAGUUUCAACCUGCUAUAGGGGCUGGCGGAUCUAUAGGAGGAGGAGGAGGAGGAGGAGGAGGAGGAGGAAAUCAACAAACGCAACCCGUUCCCGAUUAUCCAGGCGCGAUAAAACAAGAUCAUCAUUCACCAAGGGAUACUCGUUCUACGGAUCAACGUAUAUUCCGUACAGUACCGUAUCUAGGACCGCAUUUGGGAUACCGUGUGCCCAAUCAAAUUCACAGGGACUAUAGACGUAGCCGAUCUCAUCAUAAUCUUCAUAAUCUUCAUAAUACAUCCUCGAGAUGUACGAACGAAAAAAAGGAGAAACGAAAAUCACGCCGCAUUUAUGUAAGAUGAGAGACAGAGAGAGAGAGAGAGAGAGAGAGAGAGAGAGAGAGAGAGAGAGAGAGAGAGAGAA